GGUCAUGAGUCCAGAUACACGACUUAUGUUGUAUUGAAAGAACACUUCAUCUGAUCUAGUACUCAACCUCUAGCUAUCUGGAGAAAUGCAAUUGUACGUUAAAACCUUGACUGGUAAAACUAUCAUCCUUGAAGUAGAAGCCAGUAAUACAAUUGAAAAUGUCAAGACUAAAAUUCAAGACAAAGAAGGUAUCCUACCACAUUGGCAGCGUUUGAUAUUUGCUGGAAGAGAUCUUGAGGAUGGUAAAACAUUGUCUGAUUAUAACAUACAAAAAGAGAGCACACUUCAUCUAGUACUUAGAGGAAUGGAAUUGUACGUUAAACCCUUGACUGGUAAAAUCAUCACUCUUACAGUGAAAGCCAGUGAUACAAUUAAAAAUGUCAAGACCAAAAUUCUAUACAAAAAAGGUGUCUCACCAUAUCAUCAGCGUUUGAUAUUUGCUGGAAGAGAACUUGAGGAUGGUCGAACAUUGUCUGAUUACAAAAUUCGUAAGGACAGCACACUAGAACUUCGGCUCCGCGGAGGAAUGCCAAUAAUUGUUAAAACCUUGACUGAUAAAACCAUCACUCUUAGAGUGGAAGUCAGUGAUACAAUUGAAAAUGUCAAGACUAAAAUCCAAGACAAAGAAGGUAUCCCACCAGAUCAGCAGCGUUUGAUAUUUGCUGGAAAACAACUUGAGGAUGAUGGUCGAACAGUGUCUGAUUAUAACAUACAAGAAGGGAGCACAAUUCAUCUAGUACUUAGGCCCCGCGGGGGAAUGCAAUUGAAAGUUAAAACCCUGACUGGUAAAACCAUCACCCUUGAAGUGGAAGCCAGUGACAUAAUCGAAAAUGUCAAGACUAAAAUUCAAGACAAAGAAGGUAUCCCACCAGAUCAGCAGAGUUUGAUAUUUGCUGGAAGAGAACUUGAGGAUGGUCGAACAUUGUCUGAUUACAAAAUUCGUAAGGAGAGCAUACUAGAACUUGUACUUUGGCGAAUGCCAAUAAUUGUUAAAACCUUGACUGGUAAAACCAUCACCCUUGACGUGGAAGCCAGUGAUACAAUUGAAAAUGUCAAGAUCAAAAUUCAAGACAAAGAAGGUAUCCCACCAGAUCAGCAGCGUUUAAUAUUUGCUGGAAAACAACUUGAGGAUGGUCGAACAUUGUCUGAUUAUAACAUACAAAAAGAGAGCACACUUCAUCUAGUACUUAGGCUCCGCAGUGGAAUGCAAGUGAAACUUAAAACCCUGACUGGUAAAACCACCACCCUUGAAGUGGAAGCCAGUGACAUAAUCGAAAAUGUCAAGACUAAAAUUCAAGACAAAGAAGGUAUCCCACCAGAUCAGCAGCGUUUGAUAUUUGCUGGAAGAGAACUUGAGGAUGGUCGAACAUUGUCUGAUUACAAAAUUCGUAAGGAGAGCAUACUAGAACUUAUACUUUGGCUCCCCGGAGGAAUUGACGUGGAAGCCAGUGAUACAAUUGAAAAUGUCAAGACUAAAAUUCAAGACAAAGAAGGUAUCCCACCAGAUCGGCAGCGUUUAAUAUUUGCUGGAAAACAACUUGAGGAUGGUCGAACAUUGUCUGAUUAUAGCAUACAAAAGGAGAGCACACUUCAUCUAGUACUAGAAAUGCAAUUGAAGGUUAAAACCCUGACUGGUAAAACGAUCACUCUUAGAGUGGAUUCCAGUGACACAAUCGAAGAUGUCAAGACUAAAAUUCAAGACAAAGAAGGUAUCCCACCAGAUCAGCAGUGUUUGAUAUUUUCUGGAAAACAACUUGAAGAUGGUCGAACAUUAUCUGAAUACAAUAUACAAACGGAAAGCACACUUGAUCUAGUACUUGGAAUGUAUAUACAUGUAUUUGUUAAAAACCUGACUGGUAAAACCAUCAUCCUUGAAGUUGAAACCAGUGACACAAUUGAAAAUGUCAAGACUAAAAUUCAAGAUAAAGAAGGUAUAUCAUGUGAUCAACAGUCACUGCAUUUGAUAUAUGCUGGCCAUGAACUUGAGGAAGGUCGAACAUUGUCUGAUUACAACAUUCUAAAAGAGGCUAGUCUUUGUUUAGUAUCAAGACUCAGAAUAAUGGACAUCCCUGUUCAUCUGCCCAAUGGGGAAUCUUUGUUUCUUGAUAUUGAACCAACAAGUACAGUAAGAAAAUGCAAAGACUUAGUGCAAAGUAAAGUGCCAACAAUUUCAGCUGAGCAAAUAGACAUAGUGAUUAAUGGAAUAAUACUUUCUGAUGAGGAUUGUAUAGACAUAACCCGAAGGCAGACUUUUUACAUUGUUCGCAAAAACGGGACUAUUCGAUUAAACGUCUUUUCUAGAGAUCAAACCCAAUUACUCACAACACUCAAUGUUCACCCUGAUGAAGUAAUGAUGUCAUUAAAAGCAAGAAUAUCCGCUGCAGUUACAGACCACCCUCUUCCAAGUGAGCAGAGACUAUUACUGGCUAAAGACCAUCCAAUUGGCUCCGAGAGUUUUAGGGCUGAUAACUUUUGGAUUAAUGGCAGUCAGCACGCUAACGUUUUACUUUUGGAUAUUCUGAAAUCAUUUUAUGUAAAGAGUUCUACCGGAAAAAAUACAGAGGUGAAAAUUUCCACUAACUGCCGAAUCUACGAUCUCAAAAUGGAGAUACAGCGAGUAGAUGAACAGCACCUCGAGCCGAGUAGACAACAACUGUUAUAUUGUUGUAUUAAUGGAUGUGAAAUAUUGGAAAAUGAGCAGUUGAUAUCUCGUUUUCCGUGCGGAUCAAUUUCACUUCACCUUUAUGAGGAUGACUUCGUUAGUCAACUAGAUGCUGGCCGUUUAUCGAGGGAAAAGAGACAAAUUACGUGUACACUGGAUAAUGCGAGCAUCCAAGUUACCCCUUUAAUGGAGAUCACAGGAGAAGAAACAAUCUCAAUUGGCAUAAAUACUUACAGCACUUCAAAACCUUCUUUCUCAUUUCCACAAGGCUGCUCUCUGUACAGAAAUGUCUACAAGUUAAAAAUGUCAACAAGUGACCAAUAUUUGCGUGAUAGAGCAAGAAUACAGUUCAAAUUCCAACAACCUUGCAGCGGAAAAAAUUUUCAUAUCUUGCAAGCAUCUUGUACUCCUACGCACUGGGAAGCAAAUCUCACUCCUGUGUUCAAAUUUUCUCUGAUUGGCGCCCAAAACACCCAACAACAAGAUGCACUAAUAUCAGCCACAUUGAAUAUAUCCAACUGCUACGUUGUUUUAGCAGAAAUACCACAACAAGCAGCAGCUCUCAUAUCAGAGUUUUAUGGGACGGUAUUUGGGGCAAAUCUGUUGGAAAGAGAGAGCAGCUCAAGUUGCAACACUGACUUGCAGGUCACUCCGAGUGUAAGAGACGAUAUAGAAGUGCUAACAGGCAUAACCUUAACAGACGAGCAGCUGGACACCGAAAUCCAAGAUAUUAUUAUGCUAGCUGAAUUUUUUGACGACCCUAUGAACUAUGUAGAGAAACUAGGCCUUACUAGAGCCGACAGCAAUGAUGUCAGGCAAAAAAGAAUCGAUGGAACUCAAGCAGCUAUGUGCCUAGCCCUAACAAAAUGGCGUGACUAUAAUCCAGGUGCAGCUACUUUCAGAGCACUGCUAAAAAUAUUAAUGGAACUCCGAAAACAACAUGUGGCUAAAGACAUUUGCGAUUUCAUUUCAGGCAAAUUUUAAUUUAUUUUGUACAUAUGUAGUAAUGUGUAUAAUUAUAUAGUGGUGUUAAUUAGAUUAUUACUCAUUUCCUGUGGUUAACUUUACUUCCUGUAUUGUACUGUUCUGUUAUUGUGGUUUCUGUUUGUUAGUAGGUUCUUUCUGUAUAGUUAUUCUUUGUUCCUUUUGUGCCUAGCUAUAGCGGCCCGCUCCAGGCGGCUCUUUAUGUAUGGGAGCCUCUGCUCCACUGCCUUUUGUCUUGUACAUACUUAUACUGAGGCUUUAUUCUUGUGCAUUUUAUCAGUUGUUAAAUACGA